CCCCUGCAGUGCCUGGUGCCCGCCUCCCCCCCGCCGGUCGAGGCCGCUGACUUUGGGGAGCGCCUGCGGCGGCAGCUUGUGUGCCUGGAGCGCGUCACUUGCUCGGACCUUGGCAUCAGCGGGACGGUGCGUGUGCUCAACUUGGCCUUUGAGAAGCAGGUGACGGUGCGCUACACCUUCUCGGGCUGGCGCAGCGUCCACGAGGCAGUGGCACGGUGGCGUGGGCCCGCAGGCGCCGAGGGCACCGAGGACGUCUUCGCCUUCGGCUUUCCGGUGCCGCCCUUCCUGCUGGAGCUUGGCUCUCGCGUGCACUUCGCGCUGCGCUACCGCGUGGCAGGGGCUGAGCACUGGGACAACAACGAUGGCUGCGACUACAGCCUCACGUGCCGCAACCACGCACUGCACAUGCCGCGCGGGGAGUGCGAGGAAAGCUGGAUCCACUUCAUCUGAG